AUGAUUUGGAAAAUAUUAAUUUGUACAAUUUUAUUGUUCGUUCCGUAUCCUACCUCAUCGUCAAGUGAUUGUAACCGGCGCGUUGUCGGUUACAUUACUUCAUGGGGUAAUAUUCCAUUUAGAGAUGAACAAGCUAACGUUUUGACACAUCUGGUUUAUGCAUUUUUCGUGAUGAAUGCAAAUGGUGAACUAAGCGUUGAAUCAGAGUCAGCGAAGAUCAGAUUAGGAGAAAUUCUGGGUGUUGCUAAGCGACACCCUCAUCUCAAAACAUUGUUCGCCAUUGGAGGAUGGGAAAACUCCCAGCAUUUUUCCCACAUCUGCUCAGACCACUCAAGAAGGGCUUCAUUCAUAGAUAACAUCAUAAGAACUAUCAAAGAAUACGGUUUUGAUGGGGUUGACUUAGAUUGGGAAUAUCCUGUUACCGGAGGAGCUGUGGAAGGAGUACCGGCUGACCGAAAAAAUUAUGUUCAUCUUGUCCGCGAGUUGAGAAAUCGUCUUCGUGAGUUAGAGGAUAAAGAAGGUCGUGAGGUUGGAUAUUUGAUAUCUUUUGCUGGAGCUGCGGGGCAUUGGGUAUUGAAGCCAGGCUUCGAUCUAAUUCAAUUGGUUAAAUAUGUUGACUUUGUCAAUAUUAUGUCUUACGACUAUUUCGGUGCUUGGCAAUCUAAAUGGGGAGCUUAUACAGGACCACCAGCACCUUUACACUUUGCAAUGCCCAAAAAGUUUUCCGGAAGAAUGAAUGUGCAUGCGACUAUGAAAUAUUACAGCUGCCAAUUGAAAGCUACUAAUAAGAUAAAUAUGGGAGUUCCUUUCUAUGGGAGGUAUUGGCACAAUGUAGGUGAUGCUGUUGACCCCAACGACGAUAUGUGGAGAACUGCUACACCAGUCGACGGGGAUGUGAAAUAUGAAGGUGGAGAUGUGAAAUGGAGAGAGUUGAGCUCUCGGUUCGAUGUAUCCAAUACCCGGUUUCACCAAGGCUCAAAAGCUCCAUUUAUUUGGGAUUCCACCAACAAAACUUUUCUGGGAUACGAGAAUAUGGAAAGCUUAGGACAUAAAGUUGAUUACUUGGUGGAGCACAAUUUAGGUGGUGUAAUGAUCUGGGCGAUUGACUUCGAUGAUGAUCAACUCACAUUACUGCAAGCCACAUCUUCGAAUGGGCUGUGUUCCAAACCUUCGAAUAGUGAUUUCAUCUAUAAGUGCAGUCCAAUCAAUGAACAGCGAUGGUGGACCUUUGACGAUGGCGAGGACGUGGCUGGUAUGUGUGGACGAUCUGCUCCACUAUAUGAUGGAUUCUAUCCAGUUUGUGAUCCUGAUGAUCCAGGACAUGCCUGUUGUGGAAAAUAUGGUUACUGCGGAAGCGGCCAGGAGUUCUGUUCUUGCCCCGAAUGUAUUGAUUAUGGUUCGGAUCCUAUGCUCAUCCUUCAAGAACCAGUGAAACCAACACAGAAGGAUAUAACGUGGUAUACCGCUGAUGCAGGGGAUGGGAAACGUGGACGAUGCGGACGAGAAGUUCCUCCACUGAAUGGCAAACCACCAACUUGUAAUCCUGAUGAUAUAACUGCUCAUUGUUGUAGCAACGGAGGCUACUGUGGAAGCAGCAAAGACCAUUGCGAAUGUGUCGGCUGUGUAGAUUUCGCGAAAGAACGUAAUUUUGAAUACAAACCUAUAGAGUGGUGGACAUUCAUCGAAAAUCCUGCAAAUGUCGGGAGGUGCGGACAUGAUGCCCCACGAUUGCCGUCUGGUAAAAUACCCAAAUGCGAUUCAAGUUCUCCUGCUCCUUGCUGUAGCCGAUCUGGUUAUUGUGGAAAUGGGGAAGAAUACUGCAACUGUCUUGGAUGCGUCGAUUUCAAAAAAGAUCCUAAAUACGAAUAUUAA